GUUAAAAUUGAGGUGCAAAUGCACCCUUCCUAACGUUUCAAUACUUUCCGGCUAACCUAACGUUAAUCAGUUGUUUGGGCCUUCUCUGGGCUUUCUCUAUCUCUAUCGCUUAAUUUCUUCGCUCCUUUGUCUUCAUCGCACAUACGAAGACGACGGAUGUGUUCAUAGCAUAGACGGCUCAAGCCCUUUUUGAGGAAGAUGAAAGUGCAGUACGAGUUUAUCUGACUCUUCAUCAACAAGUCAAAGGUUACACCUAUUUUAAUUCCUAUCAGAGAAAGUACAUCUUCCAAACAUGUCACUCAAACCUCUGGAUUUGGAGUAUUUGUGGAUCUUAAUACUGGAAUGCAGACACUUAAUCUAGGUAUGCGUGGUGAAAUUAUCAUAUCACCAGGUUCUCCCCAUUUGCAGAUCCCAAUUUCUGAUGAUCCUAAUGUCGUUACAAGGUUUCCCAUCCCUAAUGAAAAGACUAUACGGAGGAAAAAAGCCAAACUAUCAACUGGGGUCCAAUUGAGGGAAAUUAAGAUGUCUGGAAAUGGUACUGAAGUAAGGGCACCUAAUCAAUUACCAUUUCAGGCUCCAGGAAUGCAAUUCAGAGGAAGACCUUCAGUGCUUGGGAAACAUUUACAACAACAGAGAGACAAGAAGGCUACACAAUUGAAGAAUACCCUGAAGAUGUAAUUGUAGACUUAGAAUUAAAGUAGUAUGUAGUAGUAUUUUGCUUACUGGUGUUUGCUUACUGGCUGAAACAGAAAACCCUUUUGUUUUUGUUAUUUCUUUCAUUUUAUGGGUACUUACUAUGCUGAAGCCAGUGUAAUGAUUUUUGCUAUUAGUGAGUCAUUGAUGUUGUUUGGUUAGAACGAAGGGAAAAAACUGAAUUAGCUCUUUUUGUAUGAUCAUGGAGCAUUCUGGUAUAGAGCAUGUUGUAGGAAGUGCUUAGCUUGUGAAUGAUUAUGGAGCAAUAUCAUCCAUUUUAUAUUUCCUACUUGAUCAAUAUAUUAUGUUCAUAGCUGC